AGCGCCGGCGGAGGGGCGGGUGACCGGCGGGCUGAGGGGGCGGGGGGGCCACCGAGAGGCCGCUGCCGGCCGGAGGCGGCGCUGGGCAGGCUGAGCGGCGGGGCUCAGCGCCCGGCCCGCGGGGAUGCGGGACCGGCUGCCAGACCUGACGGCGUGUCGGAAGAGCGACGAUGGGGACACAGCCCUUGUCGUUGAAAAGGACCACUUUAUGGACGACUUCUUCCAUCAGGUUGAGGAGAUCAGAAACAGUAUAGCUAAAAUAGCUCAGUAUGUUGAAGAAGUAAAGAAAAACCACAGCAUCAUUCUUUCUGCACCAAACCCAGAAGGAAAAAUAAAAGAAGAACUUGAAGAUCUAAACAAAGAAAUCAAGAAAACUGCUAAUAAAAUUCGGACCAAGUUAAAGUCUAUUGAGCAAAGUUUCGAUCAGGAUGAGAGUGGGAACCGAACUUCAGUGGAUCUUCGGAUACGAAGAACCCAGCAUUCAGUGCUAUCUCGAAAGUUUGUGGACGUUAUGACAGAGUAUAAUGAAGCACAGACUCUAUUUCGGGAGCGAAGCAAAGGCCGGAUACAGCGUCAGCUAGAAAUAACCGGAAAAACUACCACCGACGAUGAACUGGAAGAGAUGUUGGAGAGUGGGAACCCUUCCAUCUUCACGUCUGACAUUAUAUCAGAUUCACAAAUCACUAGACAGGCUCUCAAUGAAAUCGAGUCACGUCAUAAAGACAUUAUGAAGCUGGAGACCAGCAUCCGUGAGCUGCACGAGAUGUUCGUGGACAUGGCCAUGUUCGUGGAGACCCAGGGCGAAAUGAUCAACAACAUAGAAAAAAACGUUACGAAUGCUGCAGACUAUGUAGAACAUGCUAAAGAAGAAACGAAAAAAGCUAUUAAAUAUCAAAGCAAAGCAAGAAGGAAAAAGUGGAUAAUUGUGGCCGUGUCACUGGUUCUGCUGGCUGUGGUUGCUCUAAUUAUUGGUUUAUCGGUUGGCAAGUGAUGGUGCAGAUAACAUCAGCGUGCAUGCCUCUGCCACGCAGCAGUAAGUAACUAAUCUACUAAUCUGCUUAUUCACGCACCUGAUUAGCUAACAGCGGUGCUCGCCCCAAUGAAACAUACCGAAAAGUAAUAAGAGCCUGCCAGCGGAGCGUUUGCCUGACUUCUGUACUGAGAACAAGCAAAGGCUGGGCCGCCUUUCAUUUGUGAACCAGGGUCGUCUUCCUGUUGGCUUUUGAAGCCUCUGGGAGUCACCCCUGUUAUUUAGAUGUGACAGUACCGGCGGCACUGGCUCCUGACUCUUCAGUCUUUGGGCUUUGGUCCAGGAAGACACUCCCUCCUUAAAGUAGUCCUUCAGUAGCUGAAUAACCUUAGCAGUGAGGGUUAAUUCUCAAUUAAAAAACUAACAUGUAAUGUUUAAUUUGUCUCUUAAGUUUUAACUCUUUCCAUAAGUGCAGCAGCCGGAAGUCGCUUCAUGAACUCUAUUUAUUUGCUCACCAUUUAUUUUACUGUGGAAUUGGAGGGACUGGAACAGGAGCUGUGAGAAAUGCACAGUGGAAUUAAAAACCUUUGUCUCACUUGUUUCCUUCUGGCAGCACCUAGUUUGUUUUAACCGCGGCUGCCUUAAAAUGAAAACUCGUACUGAGUGCGCAUGCCUGUAAACUCUUAACUAAAGGAUUUGGAGUGCAGAAGCUACUCAGUUCUUUAUUUAGAGUAUCUUUCUUUUUGUUCUCUGUAUGAGUUUCACCCCUCUCCAAACUUCAGUAGGUUUUGUGUUGUCAUCUGUUUUUUUACGCAUUUGGAAUCAUCCUUUCAUUAACUCUUAUAAUGCUGCGUGGUGUAUUAAAUUUGGACAUACCAGUGAUUUAUCUUAAAAACGUUUGCUUGGCAUAAUCAUUGUGAGUAAAAUUGUAUCUAGAUUGUGACACGUAGUCCUUGAUAACUUCGUUAUUUUAUCAUGAAAGCAACUGCUGGCUUGGUAGACACUUGGCACUUUAUCAAAGGAAAGAAGAGGUGUUUCUUAACGUGAGCAUCUGUGCGCUGAGCACAUUUGUGACAGGUGAGGGAGGCUCCCUCGCAGCUGCCGUACAUUCACAGAAGCCACAGACUUGCACGUGAGAUGGUUCGCAUUGGAAGCUCUGGGAUGCUGAGUUUGCUAGUGAUCCGUUUUUUCAGAAGGCAGAAGGAACUCUGAGCUCUGUUUUCAUGAGGCAGGAUGUUUGUGUAUCUUUCCAUGCUUUCCUGUUACCUCUGCUGAAAAAAUGUGUAUGAUUUUCCUUUGUUAAUAGUAAUGGUAUUUAAAAGCUGCUUUUAUAAUUCUUUAUAAACUAUGUAUUUUCUUAGCACUUCCUAGUGGCCAGAAUAUGGCUAGUUGGAUGUGCUUCCACCACAGAUAAACGUAAUUUUAGAUUGGAUGCUGAGGCGAUGCCGUAGAACGAGGGCAGGCUCCUCCUGGUGGGGUCCCCGGGGAACCUGCACUUGCUCUGUGCCCUGGGCCUGGCCGGACGGUGUACCUUUGUGCCUUUAAGGACGAAAUGAACACAAAACGAUGCUCAUUAAUAAGAAACACAGCAGAGUGCACAUAAAUGUAGUGAUUGAUGCAUUUAAUUAUACUUUUGGAAAACUAAUUCGUUCUUUCAGCAAGUAGUUCAGCACAGCCCUCCUCUGGACCUGUAGGCACUGCGUGGAGGGAACCCUAAUCCUUGUAGCCCUGCAGCGAGGGUGGCGUGCCCGGUUUUCCAUCAGAGGACACAGCUGAGAGGGCACGUGGCCCAGGAUUUAGGUGUGGUAGGUGGUGGCUUGACUCCCAGGGGUGUGCGUGGGCCACCCAGAAGUGCAGGCAUUUGGCUUGAGUUAUAUAUUGGACGAGAAUGGUUGUUAAAUCUGUGGCAUUGAGGGUGCGGGAGCUCAGCUGUCGUGGGAUUCAGGAGAGCAUCACUGAAAGCCAGGUGUGGAAGCAAGACACAUGUACGCAGUACCCAGAGACCUGGCAGUGAGGAUCAGAGCCGCCUGGUUCCCUAAGGUGGUUCGACGUGGAGCGAGGUUAAUGGGCAUACGGAGCAGGUUCUGGAGCUGAAGGGUGAUGCCAGUGGGAAGGAAGGGGUGAGAGGCUGUAGGCAGAAGGUAUGUCUAGCAAGGUGCUGGGAGAGGCUCACAGGGAGACCCAGGAAGAGGAUGCGAGGAUGGUGGGGCCCAAGGCCUCACUUCCCAGGAAACGCACAUAAUACUAACGAGUAACAGGAAAUUUGAGGGCACAGUGUCCUGAAGGCAGCGAUCUGAGGUUCAGGUCACUGAGGGGCCUGGCCGUGCUCAUCUUCAUAAUCCUGCAGUAGUUGAUGGUGCUCCUUGGGAGGCUAAUGUAGAGCUGACCGGUUUCAGCAGCUGUCAUUUCUCAGAUGAAAGUGUGCCAUGAGGUUGGUAACUGUAAUUUAAAAUGAUGACUGCUGUUUACAAAGAGAACUGGAAGUCAGACAGUGUGGGGUGCCUUUCACCUUUGUGAACUCCUCCCCUUCUCCCGCAGAUGGGUUUCCUGGAGAGACUAGAUUUUUUAAGCCAGAGGCUGUUUAGCUUUUCAGGUGUGCAGGGAUGCUUGUUAGUUGAAAGUAAAAAGCUAAGUGUUACAUUGCCUUGCUCUGGGCCGUGGGUGCCACAGAAGACAGAGUUCAUAGCUUGUUGAUUUCUUACAUGCAUCAUAACCUCCGUGUAAGAAAAAUGUAUAAAUAAGACUUUUUCAGCAAACGAGAAAUAAAUCCCUUUAAAGUUUUAAAGGGAUGUACAAUACAUCCAAGAAAUAACUGUUUGGGAUUUUAUUGUGAUCAAUAGAAAGAGUUCCUUAAGACCCCACAUGGUGCCAAGUAGACAUUGCCUUUUACCUCCAGGAAUAAAUAGUUGUUGUCUUAAUAAUAUGUAUUUUUAGUUAUUAAAUUCAUUUAAUUUAAUAUACAUGUGUCUAUAACAGUGCUUUGCCUCUGGAACUUUCCUUCCCCGCCCCUCCUUUUUCUAUGACCUGUAGGGGUUCCUUCUUGAUGAUGGGCUUGUAUUUUAAACCAUCUCAGAUUCCAGGAGAAUUUUGCUAGGAAGUGACAUUAGUGAUUUCUUUCCUUUGAUAUCUCACAAAUUAAUAAAUGUUUUUCUUUAU